GAUCUUUUACAAAACGAUCAUUAUUUGCGUAUAAUUGUAGAUACACCAACAAGAUGGAAUUCAUCAUAUCUUGCUUGGCAACGGUUAAUCAAAAUUCGAAAAAUUAUCGAUUUUAUGAUUACUAAGCUUUCAUUAGAUGAAAAUUAUCAAAUACGAAAAGAAAGUAUAAGAUUAAAACAAAUUAAUCUUAACGAUGUGGAAUGGGAAGCUAUAACAAAUCUUAUCACAAUUCUCGAACCAUUUGCAGAAGCAACUGAGCUACUAAGAGGCAGUAAAUAUGCAACAAUAAGUUUUAUGUAUAAUGCAAUUACGGUAAUUACUAAUAGUCUCAUAGUUUUUAAUAAUUUUGAAUUACGACAAAUAACUUAUGGAACAGAAGAAACGGUUUUUGAUCAGAUUUUAAAUGAAGAUCGAACAAACAAUGAACAAAAUACGGAUCAAACAGAAUUUCAACAACUCAAUAUUACUCAAGAUUGUACAAAUCUAGAAGAAAAGGUGAAAAUAGCUUUAUAUAAUGCUAUGAAACAUUAUUGGCAAAUACUAGAGAAAGAAGGAAUGUUGGCUACACUAUUGGAUUCCCGAUGCAAAACAUUAAGUUUUGCUUCAGAAUUUUGA